CACCAACUACUCGUCUCCUGUUGGCCAGGGUUUUGACACAACGGCUUUCAUGCAGAAAACCGACUUCACUGUAAAAUACGUGUCAAUGCGUGUGCGUGCGCGCAGGAGGCGAGUCAAAGUGAGGAAGAGGAGCCGAUACGCAAUCCUGCCCAACGCGGCUGAGGAUGAGGAUGAGAGGAUGGAGCUCCAGCCCAAAUUUGGCACGGCGCAUUGCGCCACGAACGGCCGCUCGUCGCUUGCCACAUCCGAGUCGGAAUGGGACUGCGACAGGCAGAUGCACGGGGCAGACGCCGCCGUUUCGGGUGGAACGCCCACCCGUGACGAUGACGCCUCGUGAGUGAUGGCCGCCUUUUAUUUUGACAGCGAUGCCACAACUGUUUUAUUUUGAAGGACGGACACAGAGGCAGUGACGUGCUGAUUGUAUGAAAUGUUUUAUUCAUCUUAUUAGAAUAGAAACAAAGUUAUUUUCCAAAGGACAACGACAAACUAUUUCACAUUUAGGAUCAAUAGACGGAAAGGAUGAUAUCAUGUGCUCAUCAUCCUGCUGACAUGAAUGAGAACAUUGUCAAACAGCAUAUACGUUCAUAUAA